UUUAAAUAACCCGGAAGAAGAAAACACGCCUGUAAAGCGGAUAUUACCGUGAAGCGGGGGUCAGAAGUUCUCUCUCACAGCCAUCUUGGAUAUAGCGUCCCGAGUCGCAACCAUGCCUGGUGAAGCCACAGAAACGGUCCCAGUUACUGAGCAGGAGAUGCAGCAGCCUCAAGUGGAGACUGCUGCACCUCCUGCCCCAGCUUCCUCCCAGCAACCUCAGGCAGCUUCUGGCCCUGCUAAGCCUAAAGGCAAAGAUGCCAAGAGUGCACAGGGUUCCUCUGCCCCAAAGGCUGUCCCUGGCAGAAGAAAACGCUCCUCUUUGUCUGCCUCUUCCUCCUCUCCUACCUCACCAAAAUCUACCCCCACUUCUACUCCUCUGUCACCUGUGCCAUCUCCCUUAGCCUCUUCGCCUGCUAGUGCAUCUGCUAAUCAGGCUAACCGCUCUGCCCCAAAAGUUGUCAAGGCAGGCAAACAAGGAAAACCUAAGAAAGGAGAGGCAUUUACUCCUGCUCCUGCCCCUGAGAGCAAGGUCACAGCAGCAAAAGAAAAACCAGUAGAGGCUAUCCCCAAGCAAACUGUAGUUGAAGCUAAACCUGCCCCAGCUGAGACAAAUAAACCCUCACCAGCUGCUGCAAAGCCUGUAGCAGCACCAGCUGCUUUUAAAGUUACCUCAAAGCCUGCUGUAGCAGCACCAGUUUCAUUUUCAGAUACUCUUGCUUCUAGCCCUCCCAAAUCAUUUGAAUGUAAGGCAGCUCCAGUAAAAGCUGUCCCUGUUAUUUCUGCUGCUGAUGAUGAUCUCCCUCCACUUAUCCCACCUGAGAAGCCAAUUAAAAUGCCUGUAAUUGUACCCCCUGUUGAGAAAGAGGGUGUAAAACCUGCCCCUGUUGAAGCUGCCAAACCACCAGCCCAGGACAAACUGGCUCCUGCUGAAGCUGCUAAGCCAGCUGUCAAGGCUAAACCUGUUCCUGCUGAAGCUGCUAAGCCAAUUGCAAAGGCCAAACCUGCCCCUGUUGAGGCUGCUAAGCCAGCUGUUGUGGCUGCUAAGCCAGCUGUUGUGGCUGCUAAGCCAGCUGUUGUGGCUCCUGUUGAGGCUACUAAGCCAGCUGUUGUGGCCAAACCUGCCCCUGUUGAGGCUGCUAAGCCAGCUGUUGUGGCCAAACCUGCCCCUGUCGAGGCUGCUAAGCCAGCUGUUGUGGCCAAACCUGCCCCUGUCGAGGCUGCUAAGCCAGCUGUUGUGGCCAAACCUGCCCCUGUCGAGGCUGCUAAGCCGGCUGUUGUGGCCAAACCUGCCCCUGUCGAGGCUGCUAAGCCGGCUGUUGUGGCCAAACCUGCCCCUGUUGAGGCUGCUAAGCCAGCUGUUGUGGCCAAACCUGCCCCUGUUGAGGCUGCUAAGCCGGCUGUUGAGGCCAAAUCUGUCCCUGAUAAGGCACCCAAACAAGUUGAAGAAACUAAAGCUGCUCCCUCUAAGAUUGCAAAACCAGAUGCAGAGGUUGUCAAGCCAGCUGCUGAACCUAAACCAGCAGCUGCUGAGGUUACCAAGCCAGCACCUGUUGAGGUUGCCAAGCCUGCCAAACCAGCAGCUGAACCUUCAUCCGUUCCCUUAAAACCCAACCCAGUUGAGCCUGCCCCAGCUCCCCGUAAACUCACAUUUGCUGAGGCAGUUGCAAAACCUGCCCCUGUUAAACCUGAGGUUGAGGUACUCAGCACAACUCCUUCUGAACCUGUCUCAACACCCAAACCUGCCCCCACACCUGCUAAAACACCAGCCAAGGUGGAGCCUGUGAUCAAGAACGACAAGGGAUCCGGCACUGAGUCAGACAGCGAUGACUCAGUCCCCGACCUGGAGGAACAGGACUCUGCACAGACACAGACACAGCAAGCUCAGCUUGCUGCCGCUGCAGAGAUAGAUGAGGAACCUGUCAGCAAAGCCAAACAGAGCCGCAGUGAAAAGAAGGCACGGAAGGCAAUGUCAAAGCUUGGUCUCAGGCAGGUAACAGGGGUCACCAGGGUCACGAUUCGCAAGUCAAAGAACAUCCUGUUUGUCAUCACCAAACCAGACGUCUACAAGAGCCCUGCAUCAGAUACAUACAUUGUCUUUGGUGAGGCUAAGAUUGAAGAUCUUUCUCAGCAAGCCCAGCUGGCAGCCGCAGAAAAAUUCAAGGUACAGGGAGAAGCUGUAUCAAACAUCCAGGAAAACACACAGACGCCAACAGUACAGGAGGAGAGCGAAGAAGAAGAGGUUGAUGAGACCGGAGUUGAGGUCAAGGACAUUGAACUCGUCAUGUCACAAGCCAACGUGUCGCGGGCGAAGGCUGUACGCGCCCUGAAAAACAACAACAACGACAUUGUCAAUGCUAUUAUGGAGUUGACAAUGUAAUGGGACCCUAUCAACGGGGAGUUGAAGAAAGGUUGCUGAUUUAAUCUAAGCUCGUUUAUACAAUUUAUACCCAAGAUGGAAAUAAAGUUGUGGCUUGACGAAAUUA